AUGGCUUACGCAAAAGACCAUCUCGAGCGUGCCGUGGAGCAACAGACAAUUCCACCAUCAAUAUUGCUCGAUCAGGUGCGGCGCGCGCUGGAAACACCUCUUUUCAGGAGGCCUCGCAGAGUUGAAGCGCGACACUUCAUCUCAGUUUAUGAGAGAAUGAGUACAAGGAAUGAGGCCAUUUUGGAGCUUGCAAAGCUGGACUUCAGUAUUCUGCAAGCCCUGUACUGUGAGGAGCUGAGGGCUCUUACUCUGUGGUGGGAAGGACUGCAACUACAAGACCACUUGAGCUUCGCACGAGACAGGAUGGUGGAGAUGCACUUUUGGAUGCUUGGAGUUUUAUUUGAGCCACAAUAUUCAUACGGACGAAUAGUGCUCACAAAGUUCUUUACAUUUAUAUCGAUAUUCGAUGACAUUUACGACAGCUACAGCACCUUAGAAGAAAGCAGGCUCCUCACCAUGGCAAUGGAAAGGUGGGAUGAACAAGCCGCUGAACACCUCCCAGGUUACACGAAGUUUUUCUACAGAAAAGUACUCGCGACCAUGAAGGUCAUUGAAAAAGAUUUGGAUAGUCAAGGAAACAAGCAUGCAGACUAUGUAAAAAAGCUACUAAUCGAUGCUACAAAAUGCUACUACAACGAGGCGAAAUGGUGUGAGGAAAGCGACACACCAGUUACUGUUGAGGAGCACCUGCGGAUCUCGGUGCCUAGCUGUUGCUGCAUGCAUGUUGCAUGCCUUGCCUUCAGUGUCAUAGGAGCGGGCAGAGACGCCAUCGAGUGGGGCAUGACCUAUCCCAAAAUCAUGCGAGCUUCCUGCACCAUCGGCCGCGUCAUCAAUGAUGUGGCUUCACACGAGGUUACACACUUACAGCUGAAAAUAUAUGCCAUGUUUUAUUUUAUUUGCUUUUUUCAGUUCAUGGAUAAGUUUGGGAUCCUUUUAGUUUUGUAG